AUGUCUCGCCUACUAACUCAGAUGGUCAAUACGCUACGAAUGCUGGAAAAUUACAUUUUCGGAGGGAAUGGAUUUCCACCAGGUAUGAAUGGCGCUCUCGCAAUGGUUUGCCAAACCGCACAUGCACCAGGAAUCGGCCAAAGUUCCGGUAAUGCGUUCUCACUGCGCGAUCUGAUCGGAGACGGUAUGCUUUGGGCAGUGCCGAAACAUCGUCGUACGCUGGAGAAACGGUACAAACGAAAGUAUGGUUCGCCCGAGUACAAAUUGAAAAUAUUAACACCCAAAAUUCAUCUUCGUUCGUGUGCGACGUGCGGAAGCGAUCAUGAAGUUGGUGUGCUUUGCCCGACAUGCUAUCAAAAGGUACGCAAAGAAACCGAACUGAUGCAGGAAAAGAUUCAAACCGAGCUCGGACUAGACCCGGUCGAUAAGGACGUGGUGGUACUAUACGAUCGGGAGCGCGAUGAACAGCCGGCCGAAUUUUGGCAGGGCAAACGGAUCGUCGAGAUGGAGAAACCGCGCCCGACAUGGUUUAGCAAAAAUUUGUUACAAAAAUCAACCCAAUCGUCCGCACCGGAACCGGACGAGCUGAAACCAGGUCACGAAAAGUUGGGCUAGGCACGGGU